GUCUCCUUUACCACUAAAGAGCUUAGGGAGCAGUUUAAAGUUCCUGAAUGGAACACAACAGUCGAAAUGGAUGACGAAGAUGUGUUGAUUUUGAAAAAAGCUGCUGCAGCAAUGCCCAGACGACGAAAAAGACUCAUGCAUGUACUUUUGGAUGGAGUCAAACCACAAGAAGGUGAAAAACAGUGCAGAUUUCUCAACUACCGUGAUCCUAAAGAAGUAAUUCCAGACAAUAGCGGUCGUGUGUCUUCUGUAAGGUAA